GGGGCGGGGCUCUGCGAGGCGGGGCGGGGUCGCGAGCCUAGGUACGGCCCUGGACCCGGCCUCGGGCGGGGCUGGGGCCGUGGCAGGAAGCCGGAAGCAGCCGCGGCCCCAGCUCGGGAGACAUGGCUGGCGUUAAAGCUCUUGUGGCCUUAUCUUUCAGUGGGGCUAUUGGGCUGACUUUUCUGAUGCUGGGAUGUGCCUUAGAGGAUUAUGGCGUUUACUGGCCCUUGUUUGUCCUGGUUUUCCACGCCAUCUCUCCCAUCCCCCAUUUCAUUGCCAAACGAGCAACAUAUGACUCCGAUGCGACAAGUAGUGCCUGUCGGGAACUGGCUUAUUUUUUCACUACAGGAAUUGUUGUUUCUGCCUUUGGAUUUCCUGUUAUUCUUGCUCGUGUGUCUGUGAUCAAAUGGGGAGCCUGUGGCCUGGUGCUGGCAGGCAAUGCAGUGAUUUUCCUUACAAUUCAAGGUUUCUUCCUUGUAUUUGGAAGAGGAGAUGAUUUUAGCUGGGAGCAGUGGUAGCCCGUGCUUUAUCCUGACAAAAUGCAUUUAAUUUCUUAGAAUCCAUGCUGUAUGUAUAUGUGUGCACAUGUGGCCUUUUACUAUGAAAUUUAAUACGCUGGUUUUUUAUACCUUUGUAAUCAUGUAAUCACUUUAAGGAGGACUACAUGGGGAAAAGGUUAGUUUUAUUCCCAACGAGUAGACUUCUCCAUUCACUCAAGUUGAGUUAUGUUGUUCAGCUGUUCAUAUAGUCAUAGUAUGGUGCUGUCAGAAAAUACAUUAAUGUACAUUUCCCACUCAGUGUGCCACAUCUCCAACUGCAGCCCAGGGAUGUGCUUGGGUGGGUCCAUAACACUGGGGUUAUCUCAGCUCUCCUCAGGACUUCCAACAUAUACUCGUGGCCCAGAGAGAAGGAGGUGGCCCCCUCUUUGUGUUGCAGACUCUUGCUUCUCAAAGUGUGGUCCAUAGGAGCUUAACUACAAAUGCAGAACCUGUGGCCCCAGCCCCAACCCAGCGCGCUUUGGUGAGAUCCCAAGUGAAUCCUAUGCACAUGAAAGUUUGAGAAGCAUGUUCAUGAAGAAAUAAGCAUUGCCGUCCCCUUGGCGGAACCACUUAGCCUGUGUGGGCAUUAGCGGCUUGUAAAAGCUGUUUCCCCUUCCCCUCAUGUUGAGGCCUAGUUCAGAUUCUCCGUGAUGUUUGUGCAGUGUCCAAACCUAUAAUUUAUAGGCUGUUCCUCAGGUUUGUGAAGUGUUCUCAAUAGCGAACAGCCAUGGCUUCACAUUGUCUGAAAAGCAAAUGCUGUCUUCACAGUGGAGGGGAACAGAGCCCCUGCUGGGAGACAGUGGAUGGAGGCUGGACUGGAGCUGUCCCCUGCUUCAACAGGAUGGGGAGGAGUGGACAAGUAAUACUGUUUAAUUUCCCUUUAUAGUCUGACAUUUCUCCCCGGUUAUUUCCCUGUGCUGUUUCCCCCCACCUUCACCAGUCCCCCUAAGCCCCCCAAAACACACUCCCAGCAGUUCUGAUUGGCCCGCACUUCUUUAUGGCUCAGCUUCUCCUUUCUACAGAGACAUGGAGCCAAGUAAGCAAGCAGAGGGUGAGCUGCUUAAUUGUAUUUACAUGUGAUGUACUUAUUGUCCUCCAUGUCCUAUAGGGCUUUUAAUAACACUUUAUGCUAGUUUUAAAUGAAUCAUUGAGAAUGUGAUGCUAGGUUCUGUAAUCACAGUUUUUCUAGCUCAACUUUUGUCCAAGACCUAUCGAGAAAAGGGAUUAUUGGAACUAGAACCACUUGAUUAGAAUAUAAGCAAUGAUUUUAAAGCAUUAUUAAUGUGUGAUAACUGACAUACAUUCAAAACACUGAAACCUUGAUGUUUGUAACCCCUUUGUAUUCUGGAAUGAUGUUGGGAUCAGAAGAGUGAUACCUAAAAUGAUAAUGUGCAGUGAUAUUUAGCCUUGUGCGUGAUUUUGUGUUUUCAAUGUACUGUGUACUUACAGAAUUGUUAAAGUUGUUAUUUCCGAUAUUUAUACUAGAAAAAUUGUAUAGACACUUUAUGAUUUUAACCAGCAUUUUUAAUAACAUUUGCACUUACUGUAUUGUAAUAAACUUCACUUUUAACACAAAA